AAACCGAUGAUAAGGGCUGUGCAAGCGUCUAAUUUGGGUAAGACAUUAUCUAAAUUCUUAGAGUGGUAUCUGACAAGUGGGGAAGAUGAGUGCGACUUCUGGACUGAUCAUUAGAUUUUACAAGUACACUGAGCUCUGAGAAAGAGAGUGAGGGAAUGAGAGAGACAGAGAGAGAGAGAGAGAGAGAGAGAGAGAUUAUAUUGCCACUUUUACUUUACAAGAUAAUAAAUGCGAGAUGGAAAAAGCCAAGAAAUGACUAUAGACUGAAUUCAAAAGACACUUGGGAAAAGCAAAGUGCCAUACUGAGUAGGAAAGGACUGAGAUUCAUUUUAUUGUUGAGGGGAAAACAGAAUGAUAUAUAAGGUUAAGAAGAGGGACACAACCAAAAAGUAAUCAAUAGUGAAAGAAACAAAACAAUUCUGCUGGCAGAGUUAAAGGGAAGAUUUCAGUUAGGAAGGGAUUCAAGAAGAAAUGAAAUGAGAGGAAAAACAAAGUAAACUUAGAAAGUUUUGUGCAAAGGAAAUUAUAGCACUGAUUAAUGAGAUGAGAAAAUACUGUUCAGGAGGUCUUGGCAAAUGAGACACCUUCUAAGUACAUUAACAAGGAAUGUAUUUCAGAACCCAGAACCCAGAACCCAAAAAUGUAAUGAUUUUCUCAUGCAAGAGUAAAAUUUGUUCACAGGAUCUGUGGUAAUACAAGACAUUCAUGCAUGGAUUAGACUGAGAUAUGAAACCACUGGUUUUAGGAGCUGUACUUGGCACAGUCAGAAGUGUUUCUUAUACUGCAAAGAUGUCUUGGGAUCAUCUUCAGAACUGAAAUAUAAAUCCAUUCACACGAGCAGUACAAAGUUUGCACAUCUAAUCAGCAAAGUGAGGGUAUUCUGUAAGUACCUGAAACAAGCAAUGUGAUGCCAGACUGAAGAAAAGACUGCUUGACCCAGCAUAUAAAGCAUAAAACUGAUCCUCAUUUCUUGAUACCUGCGUUGCUUUCUCUUGGACUCUAGGUAUGCUAAUUAACAAUUUGUGUUAUCAAGCCUAGUUAACAUAGACAUAUUGGUAGAAAAAAGCCUGCCCCUACUCACUACCCAUAUAAAAAGAAAACUGACACAUCUCUAACUGCACUGCUGACAGAAACAAAUGAUUUAAAAAGAACUAGCAUCCGGAAGACAUAAUUUACAAGUAAAGACAGCAGCAGAGAAAACAGUCUUUUUAUUAAGAAGAUGCUUGCAGUAAUAUUUGAAAUGAUAUUUGUCAUCGGGGUAAUGACCUUUGUAACUUUCCUUGCUUACACUAUGGUGCUCAUCUUGAAGACCUUUUAUGUGUCAAGACAUCCCAUCAAUGUCUUGUACAAGACACUUAAGCAGGUUCUAUUCUCCAACAAGCAGCCAGAACAGACAAACUACUUUCCUGACUUGAAUGGUUUAGACAAGGAGCUAUACAGAAGGCUGAAGGAAUAUUGCAAGCAUUAUUCCUGGUCUGGAAUGGGUCGUAUUGUAAAGGCAAUCUACUCUCCAGAUUGUCACAGAUGUGGGAACACAGCAAAUACACAAAGUCCUAAUGUCUUACAUCUCCCAGGUGUAGAGACACAGUUGUAUUUCCCUCUUGAUAUCCUAAGCUAUGAUAUUGGAAUUUUGGAGAAGAACUAUUUGGUAAUAUACAGGGAGUUUUGGAAAGCCUACCAGAGUCCUGCAGGUACUGUAUGGCAGACCCAUGAUGUAAGUAAAGGCAAAUGUUUUGCUUUUUGUUUAUUCUUUAGAGGGAACUGGGUGAAAGAAAAUUGUCAGCACUGCCCACAAACACACAAGGUGGUCCGCAGUCUGCGUACACAUGUGCAGGGAAAUGUCUUUGGUAAUGCUAGAUUUUUGGUGCUGUUGCCUGGAACUUUCACUUCGGACAGACAUGGGGAUUCCAACACUCGCCUUCGAUGUCACUUAGGUUUGCAGGUCCCAAGUGAUUGUGAACUGGUGGUGGCCGGAAUUCCACAGUGCUGGACUCCUGGACGUUGCUUACUUUUUGAUGAUUCAUUCAUUCGUUCACUGCAGAUUGAAGGAGAUGAAUCAGAAGCUCCAUUAGUACUUUUUGAAGUUGAUCUCUGGCACCCAGACAUCACAGCAAUGGAACGCCAAGCAAUAGAUUACUUAUUUGCACCCAGAUAAGAGAAAUUUCCUGAACUGUGGCUCUGCUCAGAUGCACAAAACAAUUCAGUCACCAAAACAUUGGUCUGCUGUACAUUAUGGGUUAUAACAUUAGAUAUUAAGCCUCAGUUAUACCUGUGCAGAUGUGAAUUUGAGGAAGCAUUCCAACAGCUCUGCUCAGAUGCACAAAACAAUUCAGUCACCAAAACAUUGGUCUGCUGUACAUUAUGGGUUAUAACAUUAGAUAUUAAGCCUCAGUUAUACCUGUGCAGAUGUGAAUUUGAGGAAGCAUUCCAACAGUAGUUUAAAAAGGACAAUAAAGAUUGUAUAUAUUUAACAUUGUAAAAGUUUGUCAAAGUUAUGCUGCAGCUUUAUGUACUAUCAAAAUUAUUUUAGAACUCUAAGAUAUUGCCCCACCCAUGAAUGUGGUCUGAACUGACAUUGUGCUGGUAAUAAUGUUUCUUACUGUUAGCUCUUUAUAAUAAAUAUUUCUUGACAUUUAACAAAAUCUUAAGGAGUGUUUAGGAUAUUGGGUGUGUUAUACUUCUCUGAAUAAUAAUAAUAAUAAUAAUAAUGAUAUAACAAAUGUAUCUGAAAAAGGUUGCAGGCUCUAAAGAAAAAAAAAACAAUACUUAAAUGUUUCAGUUCCUGCUUUCACUUGGCAGUACUCUGUGAGCCACCUUUUACUUGUAGAGCAGAUAAGAUAAUAAGGAAAGAGAAAGUUCUUUAUUCACUCUUUGAACCUGACUUUGUCCUUAACUAUGUAUCAUUAGAUGCCAUUUCAAGCCAAGUGGUUUUAUUAUACUCAAUAUUUUGGAACACACUCACUCACAUGUAGGGCAAAAAUGGUAGUCACUUGUGCUCCAUUAACUUGUACUGUCUGGUUUCCCAAUGCACCUUCGUAAAAUAUAUGUUCAGUUUCUUAUUUUUCUAGUUUUGACAUGAUGUCUCAGUUUUAAGAAAAUACAACCUGCUAAACUGAUUUAUUAGCUGUGGCAGUGGGCCUAUGGAGUCUGCAUUAUGCUAUUUGUAAUUCUUUUGCUGAACUGUAAGUGGUGAGGAGUUUGUGAUUUACCAUUUUAUGUUGUUUUCACACUGGUGUAAAUCAGUGAUUCUGAUAAAGUGAUUAAGAAAACAGAUGAAAUAAAAAAGUUAUACAAUUUUUACUAACA